AUGAAGGUAAAGGGGACGACCACUUGGUUCGAUGUAGUGUUUUUCGCAGUUGGAACAAUUUAUUUUGUAGAUGAUGUUCAAUUUUUCUUGUCAUUUCGUCCUCUGGUUUGCAUAGGAUUGAUUGAAGUUAUUUUCAGAGGGGAUUUUGUGGAGAUUUUAGAAAUUUCACUUGUUAAAAUCAUGAGUCAAUUGAAGCUAGACCACCAUGGAAAACCUGGAAGCACGGGGCGGCCGUUCCGUUCUAGUAUGGGACUCCUCAGCAGUGCGCACCCACGACCUCGCCCCCUGCGGGAUUCGACCCCAGGACCUACUGGUUCCGCGCGCGAUCACUUAACCACUGAGCCGGUAUACAACGGUGUUAAU